AUGAUCCGCAAAGAGGUUGAAGAGAUGAAGAAGAAUAAGAAUAAGAGCCAUCAUGAUCAGCCACUGACGAUUUCUUCACUUCCAGAAGAAAUCUUAGAGCACAUCCUCGCCCGUAUCUCUAAAUGGAAUUACCCUAAUCUCUCUCUUGUCUCCAAGAGAUUCCUCUCUCUCCUCUCCUCUCCCCAAAUCUACACGACUCGAUCUAACAUCGGAACCACAGAACCAUGCCUCUAUUUCUGCUUACAAUUGUCUAAGAACCAAUCUUUUGAUUUGUACACUCUCUGGAUGACACCUUCCGAAACCCUAACGAACGAUGGUGAUGAUGAUAUUCCUGGUGAUUAUUCAUUGGUUGCGGUACCUUGUUAUCCACAUCCUCAUUGUGUACCGUACGAUUUCACUAGUGUAGCUGUUGGUUCGGAGAUCUACUUAAUCGGUGCACCCUCCAAAUCGCCACCAGCUGUUCGUAUCCUUGAUUGUGGGAGUAACACGUGGCGUGAUGGCCCCAAUAUGAUGGUUGCUCGGAAGUGUGCGAAAGCGGUUUUUGUUGAUGGGAAAAUAUUUGUAAUGGGAGGUUAUGGGAAGCUCGAGUUUAUGGCUUGGACGGAAGUGUUAGACAUAAAGACUCAGACUUGGAGUUCUUUGCCGAGCCAUGGAGACUCAGCCGACGAGUUAAGUAGCAGCGAGGAAGAGUUAGAAAUCAGUAUGCUGGAAGUGGAAGGAAAAAUUUACGCAAUGGAUGAUCCGAAUAACUAUGCUUAUUGUGAUAUGAAAAAAGGUACAUUGGAAGUUGUAGUCGUAGAAACGCACUCGAGCAUGAUGUGGAUAUAUGCUUGGUGCGUGAUAGAGAAUGUAGUAUAUGGUUAUACAGACUCCAAUAUUUGCAUGUGGUAUGAGUUGAAGAGUAGAAAGUGGAGAGAGGUCAAGGGUUCGAAUUUGGAAUUAUUGCUUGGGCAGGAUACAUGUUGCUUAGCACAUGGGUUUGUGCUUGAUUUAGUUAACUAUGGUGGGAAACUUUUAGUUUUGUGGAUGACGGUUCACGUAGACAACGCAAAACAGAUAAAGAGAAUCAGGUGCGCAAAGAUGGCGUUAGAGAAGCGCCAUGGAGGCGAGGAUUGGGGUAAGAUGGAGUGGGCUAAUACUCUUCUUAUGGUUCCAGAGUCGUUUGAAUUCUUGAGUAGUUGUGUAGUAGUUUCGAUUUGA